CCCCAGCAUCCAGAAAACGCUCGCCCAACAACAACAUGCUGCGACUCCACUACCGAGGUAACCCUUCCGCAGCCUUGUUCCCGGCUCUCGUCCAUUGGCCCAAUCCCCGAACUCAUCACACAAUAACCCGUCUAGGGAAAGGCCGCUCGCUGGACACCGCGCUCUCGGUGGACCUUGCUCCCUAAUGGCCAUCAUCACGGGUACUGAGGUAAUUUACCUUUCCGCUGAAGAAACCCCUUCCCUGGAAUCUCGCAGACAUUUGGUAUGUCGCCUCAGUCAGCCUCUCAGGCAAGGCUCUGGCUGUAGCCCAGCCUCAUAUAAGCAAUCCCUCCCCUGGUUCUAAUGUCUCCGGCAGUGAGCGAGCCAGCAACUCAGCACAUCGUUGGCAAAUGGAACUGCUAGUAAGCCCCAAGCAGGACAUAACUGUGUAAAUCCAUGCCCAAGGCAUAGGACAGAAUCGCAUUGCUUUACUAAAAAGCUGGCUUUGCGCGUAUCGUCCGCCAAGCGGGGGCGUGGCUCCAUUGGUGCUAGACCAAGAAUUUUAGCUGCACUUGCCGCUUCAGGAAACAAGCUACGAUGACAAGGCGAAUGUGACAAGAACAGGGAUGGAUCCAUCUCCGGCCGGCCGUCGCCUUUUUUCCAGGCGUCGCUCAAAUGUGACUAGGCAUUUGGACCCAUGUGGAUCAUCACCACCACCACCGCUCUUUUGGGAUACUGCCUUGCGCCCGCUGCGUGUGGCCCUGGCUACGUCUGCGCCGAGUAAUGCGUACCUACUUUCUCGGGGGCGAAACUCAGCCGGUACGUUGCCUCGCCUCUUGUGGCUCUGUAUUAGCUGGCCCCCGAUGAGCUUAUGCGCACGGCCUGGCCGCUGGGAAAUUGCUUGGGUGAUGGGGACGGUGCCCGCAUGCAAGUGUGCUGCUCAAGGCUACGUCGUGUACGAUCCGGUAGCAGGGUUGCCCGUGUUUAUCCUCUUUGUCCCAUAAAGAGAAGUCUGCGGCUGUAAAACCCUUCCUGCCCCCAUUGCCGUCUCCUCCUCGAGUCACCUCUCUUUGCCAACUACACUCCGGAGAGUUCGUCCAUUGCUUGGCUUCAACUUUGCAACAUUCGUUUACAAGCGUUUUGAUUCCGGCCUACAAUGUUGUUCAAGACCAUUGCAGCUGCGGCUGCCUUUGGCGCACUUGCCUCCCCAGCUUUGGCAGAAGACACUGAGCUGGUGUCGCACAUUGACCUCCUCGAGCGUGCUGCCGACUGCCCGACCUGCUGUGUCCCCUCUACCGUAUCAGUCACUUGCACUGUUAGUGAAUUGACUACAGUGGAAAAGACUGUCGAAAUCUUCAGCACUAUCACCGAGACAAAGCUUACUACCGAGUAUGCUACGAAAACUUCGGUUUCUACCUUCACCUACUCAUACCCGGUUACAACUACCAAGCUUCUUAACUGCACUCCUGCAAAGCAUAACAAGCGCACACACCAUAGCAGCACUGUUGUUCCUAUGGAAUGUGAGACGGAGACUAUUACCACGCUCGCUACCCAGACUGAGGUCAUCUCUCACACCAUUACCAACACUCUCAUCAAGCCCACGACCAUUGUGACGACCGUUGACAAGCCUACAACUCUUACCAACACCGUCACCCGCACAACAACUUUCCCUACCACCAUUACCCUGGAGAACGACGUCACUACGACCUCACUCGUCACCAAGGUUCUUACUGAGACCAACACCAUCACCUCCCAGGUCCAGGUUCCCACUACCAUUCAAGGCCCCGGACAGACGAUCCAGGAAACGGUCCAAAACACUGUCCAAAACACUGUCCAAAACACUGUCCAUAACACAAUUGUCAACACUGUUUCCGCUCCUGCCAACGUCCAGGUCAUCACUAUUGAGAGAAUUGUUACGGUUCCCGUUACCGCCCCGCCCGUGACUGUGACCGCCACCUCUCUGAGCGUGACGCCCGUCUUCCAGGUCUCGCUCUGCCCUACUCCCAGUGCCGCCAUUCUCGAAGAGCCUCUGUGCGCCUCCUCCAACCGCACAUGGGGUUGCUUGCCCGGUUAUAUUUGCAACAUGCGCAAGCCUAACGGCUGCAACUUCUGGCCUGGUCUUCCCAGCCCUGACUUUGUCUGCCCUCCCGAGAACUGUAUGGUUGCUCCCCCGUACACCGAAGUUGAGUGGAAGGCAAACAGCACCUACUACUACCCUCCUUCUUUCGGCUACUUCUACCUCGACCCCGAGAAGUUUGGUCUCCCCUACGAUAUUUUUGAGUUCUCCACCUACCGCGAGGUUCACGGAUGCGCUACUACCACCAUCACCACUGGCAACUGGCACGGCGGCCAUAUCACUCCCAGAGGCGAUGCCCCCUGCACUGCUACAAGUGGUGCUGCUGCUGUCCAGACUCACGCCCCUCUUGUCAAGAAGGCAGAGAUUGAAGAACGCGCUUUUGCUUCCGCUGGUGUUAAUAUUGGAGGAGGCUUCGCUUCCGCUGGCGUAGAUGUCUGCUACUCUCUGUGCGUCCAUGCCGUCGUGAUUGGCCAGUACGCCGGCAAGAAUCCAGCCAUCUGUGAGCCCAACUCGUUCUUCAUGCAGGCUGUCAACACUUGCACCAAGUGUAUCAACGACCACCCUGGCAAUGGCAAUGUUGCCGACUACGCUGGUAGUGCUCUUGGUCAGUGGGUUCACUACUGCCAGACGCUCCCUGGAAACAACCCUCCCGUUUCGCAGCCUCCUGACCGUGAGACAACCGCCGCUGUCACCUUUUCGUCCAUGGGCAACCCUCCUACCCAGACUUCUACUGCCAUAACUGUCAGCGCCGGUGGCAACCCCACCGAUCAGUCCACUCCCAUAGUCGGUACUCAGACCGUUGGUAACCCUCCUGGUCAGUCUUCUCCUGCUGGUGGCAAUCCUCCCGGCCAAUCUUCUCCCGCUGGUGGUAACCCACCCUCCGGACAGUCUUCUCCUGCCGGUGGCAACGGAACCCCUCCCAGUCAAUCUGCCCCCGCUGGAGGUAACGGCAACACCGCUCCUGGCCAGACAGCUCCUGGCAGUGGUGCUCCCGGUGCUUCCCAAGCUCCUGGUGGCCAAGGUUCCAUGUCCGUUGCUGGCGGUGUCAGCGCUGGUGGCAACCCUCCCGCUGGUAACCCUACCGGUGGUGCAGGCGCUGUCACUACCAGCGCUCCUGCUGUUGUAGGUGGCUCUAACGGUAACUACACUGGUGGAAUUGUCGGCACUGCUGGCGCACCUUCUGUGACCGCAAGCCGCUUCCUCCUGUCUAGCAUUGCCCUCUUUGCCGGUCUCCUCUUGAUCUAAGGAUCUGAAGGGCUGACGGCAAUGUUGGCGAUUGCCAUUUUUUUUAUUGAUUUCACGACGUUCCUUUGUGUACAUGACAUGUCUAUGUCUAAUGAUACCACUUAUUUUUACGGCUUGGGGAUUUAUGCUCGGUUAGAUGUAUGUAUGCGCAUCGAUGAUGUUGCAAGAACAAGAGCAACCCAGAUGCAUUGUUUUUAUGGAUGAGGCCAUGUUACAUAGUUGGAUGGAUUUAAUACAGAUUUAUUGCAUACAGGUUAAAAUAACUCGCUCGCCGUGUCUUUGUGGUUGUGUAAGAAAGAUGCCCGCCCUCAUACGCCUCGCUCUAGUUCGCUAUUCUGAAUCCCUUCAUGACCUUGUAGUGUAUUGUUCGUAUGAGAAGGGUUGUAUAUCGCCCGUGAUAUUUUUAAUUGCAAGAAGCGCGUCUGCGUCGAAGAUUUUGAAAUUGUUCGAGAAAUUGGCGGAAGCCUGCGAUUGAGGGCACAGGGAGAGUGACCGAUGUCAAGGAGAGGCCGUACAUGAUGUAUAUUGACGACAGUGACAACCUUUUCGAAAAUCGCAGCGCGUAUUAUUCUAUUUAGCAGUUUUAUAGUAUGGAUUCAAUGAAAGAUGAAGGUUUAGAUUUUACGAAAUUCAUUUACGCGGUGG